AUGUAUAUUACCAUUAUUGGAACAAAUGCAAAUUCAACUAGAAAAGCAUUAAGAAGUAUUGGUCCAUCGAUGAAUGCAUUUGAGCGAAAUCAAGUAGAUAUUUGUAUAUAUACAAAUGUGAAAUUCGAUGAAACAGGAAAUAGUAUGCAAGGCAUUGAACUUAUGAAUGAUGAUCAAUGGGUUGGAUCACCUUGGAAACCAAGUUGUAUCUAUAUCAGCCAAGUGAAUGGUGCUCAAACAAAUAAUCAAUGGAUUAUUUCAGGCAAUCCUAUAUUUAUUUAUUUCCUAGAACCAGCUAAAUCUGUAUGUUACACAUAG